AUGUCAACCAGUGGAAAACUUCAUCUAGCAGCACAUAUGAUCAAUUAUGUUGUUGCUCUACCCUUAAUGAUUCUUGGUAUCGUCGGAGUGAUAUUGUCAAUGAUUGUCUUCACUCUUCAUGCUUCUUUUCGACGAAAUACAACGAUUAACUACUUAAUGGCUGGCUCUGUACUUGCUGGUAUCCAUCUCCUAAUAGUUGACAUUCAAACAAUGCUCGUCGGUGGAUUUGAUUUUGGUGUAUAUAAUACUAACGAAGCGGUGUGUCGUGAGCACACCUACAUUCGUUAUGUUACGACAGUCUCAACAAUUUGUUUCCCCUGUUGGGCUGCCUUCGAUCAAUAUGUGGGUACGUCACGUGAUGCUAAUUUUCGAAAUCGGUGGAGAUCAAUGCGUUUUGUACGAUUAGCCAUCAUUUGUACUGUUAUUUUUUGGAUUCUUACCUAUAUUCCAAUUAUAUUUACUAGUGAAAUCAUUGAUGGUACAUGCCAGUUAAGACAAAGUCCUUAUAAGCUCUUCAAUACUUAUGUUCUAACACCCCUUGUUCACAUUAUCAUACCUGCGUUGGUGAUGCUUUAUUACACACGAGGCACUAUUCAAAAUCUCCGUUCAGCUAUUGUUCAAAGUUCACAUGAACACUUAGCAAAACAAGUUCGCCGCAUGCUAAUACCACAGCUUUUCUUACUGGUCGUGUCCGGUGUUCCAUUUGGUCUAGAAGGAAUCUACUAUUAUUUGACUAGUAAUGUUCAACGAGAUGCCAAUCAAAUCGCUCUGGAAAAUUUAGUCAGCCAAAUAAUUAUGUUGUUUUAUCAUUUCAACUUCAUAUUUACUUUCUAUAUUUAUGUAUCUUUAUCGAGCGAAGUGAGAAAAGCACUACGAAAAACAGUUCUUCAAGGUCUCAGAAAACUUCAAUUAUGUUCAAGACAUGUAAAAGUUGGUAAUUUGAUGCUUCGUCACUCACAUCACACGUUGGCUCCUCCAAUAGAAACAUAA